UUUGCUGCUAUGAAGACUAUUGGGCAAUUUGGUAAAAUUAAUACGAGGGUCUUGGUUGAAAUGUGGCUGUUUCCGAAGAACAGGGCAUUUGAUACUGCGGUCCCCUUAGACUGCUUCGAGCCAACCCAAAGAGACAAACUCCAGCUUAUAAAAUCUAGGUCUCACCAAGGCAGCGAAAGCUUAAGUCCUGUACAAGGUCCCGGUGAAACACUACCAGAGUACAACCAUGUCCUUUUGCUUUGCCCUAGAGAUGCGAAGCCUGCUGUGAUAGUAAUUGAGAAAAGGCGACCAUUGCCCCAGCAAUCAGUCAAAGCAUAUAUCAUUAAUAGUGGUGAACAAAUGACUUUGGUUUCAGUAAGGGAGCCUACCAAGAUAUCCUGGCUACUAAUACCGUAUUACUCUGAUAUGCACAUCUGGAAGGCAAAAGACUAUAUUCAAAAAUACUACGGUAGUGUCUUGAUCGACAGUUGCUGCUUCGCGGGUCAAUCAUCACAGCUUGACGAUAAUUCGACGUUAUUUGA